CCCCAGUCUGCCCGUUGCUGCCGCCUCCUCUCUCGGAUCUAAUGGGUUUGCUGGUUGGACGUGCCUGUGCAGUGGGGAAGGUAGCAGCGCCGCUCUGUUCCUGAAUGUUGAUCCGCAUUGAGCGAGGUUCGAAAGGCAGGCGGGGAACCGGUCGCCGGGAUCACCGGGAGUCACAACAUUUGAUCUUCUCACCAGAAAGUAAAACUUUUCCUGUCUUGCCCAGUAUGUGAGCGGUGCAAAUUGGUAAAUACUAGGCAUGGUUCAAAACCCAGCAGUGAGUUUUGUUGGUAAAUGCAGGGGGCUGGCACGGUGCCAGCUUCCACUUGCUCUCUGCACUCUGUUCAAUUAUUGAUGGCUUCAAAUGCAACAACCCCCUGGUGCCAGAAAUGCCUGCUUUCCGCCGAGCUGCCUCCCUUGCGUGGUAUGAUUCCUGGUCUACCCUGUUAAACUCAGUGACCACUUCCUAAAGCCUGACAAUGUGGGUAAGCUGCCUGUUGGAGUCUCACCUGAGCAGAGGAUACCAUUGCGGAGUCUCCCACCUCACUGUUUUACUUCUCAUCACUGUGUGUGCCAACUGCCCCCUGAGUGUGUCGUCUCUGAACUGCCACUCCGCCUGCAUCUGUGCAAGCAAUAUCGUUAGCUGUUCCAAAAAGGAGCUGGUUAAUAUCCCCAAGUCUCUGCCAGAAUAUACAGCAGUCCUGGACCUCAGCUACAACAGCCUGACUCACUUGCGAGCUAAGUGGACCACAGUUCGUCUGUUCAGACUCCACACUCUGCUUCUCAGCCACAAUGGCCUGUUCUUCACGUCUGAAGAAGCCUUCACUGAGGUGCCACAUUUGAAAUACCUUGAUCUGUCCUCCAACAAGCUGAAAGCUUUGGAAGAGUUACACUUCCAAGGGCUAGAAGAUUUGGAGGUGCUGCUGUUGUACAACAACCAAAUCUCCCAGAUUGACAGGACGGCGUUCGAAGGCUUGGACAGCCUGAAGAAGCUGUACCUCAGCCAAAAUCUGAUCGCACGCUUCCCGCUGGAGCUAGUGAAGGAAAAUACCAGGCUGACAGCACUGGAGCUUCUAGAUGUGUCCAGUAACAAGAUAAAAGCUCUGCCUGUUCAGGAGCUCAACAGUCUACCUGCGUACCUCAAAAACGGCCUGUACAUACACAACAACCCUCUGAGCUGCCAUUGUAACCUUUAUCUCAUGGUCACCCAAUGGCAUGCUCGGCAGUUCAAUUCUGCCGUGGACUUCAGGAAUGAGUUCAAGUGUGUCCUUCCCUUUAACCACAAGGUGUCCAUCAAGCUCUUUGAGCUGCAAGAAGACUACAUGAACUGCAGUACUGUCAUUGAUUCCGAGGUGGAGGCCUUCCUUGAAGGGACGUUGACUUUUCACUGUGACACCAGACUGAGGAACAUGAACAAAGUAUGGGUGACCCCAGACAAUGAGACGAUCCAGCCUGGCCACAACAACCGAAGUUUGAAGGUAUUUCCCAAUGGCAGCCUGUGGCUUGGUAAUCUGAGGCUGGAAGAUUCCGGAAUUUAUACUUGCCUGGCCACCAGCAGCCAGUUCAAUGAGACAAUCCACGUCCAACUGAAAGUUCACAAUUCCACAGUGAGCCCUGCACACGAAUCACUGAACACAGCCUACACCACACUGGUUGGCUGCGUUGCCAGCGUGAUCUUGGUUCUCAUUUACUUGUACCUCACACCAUGUCACUGUCGGUGCAGGAGCAAAGCCGAGAAGCAGAGGAGUCAGCAAGAGGAGAGCAUUCACUCAUCCAUGCUGAGUGCCGCGUCCACCCAUGAUGUUUCUGGGGACAAAGCCGCUAUGGAUCGACGAGUGGCCUUCAUAGAACCCUCCAAGGAUAUGCAAGGGCAGAAUGGGAAACUCAAACCCAAUGCUGUGGAGGAAUUUGAGGACAAGAGACUCUUGACAGUGCCCAGAAAGAAAUCUGACUGCGGUUCUGUUGGCUCUGUCUCCUCAGACUCUCCCAUUGUUGUUUAACAAACUUUCACCAUGUUUGUAUUAUGCACAGGCUCCAGGCAGGAUGCAGGGUGAGGGCUGCCAAUGCGUAGUAUCCGAGCGUGGGAAUAAUCUGCAGCUGACUCUCUCAAUUGGGCCAAAGCUAUUUGCAGAGACGUAGAUCAGGGACAAGGUGGGUCAGCAAACUACAUGGGUCAGAGUGAGAUCUUAAUUGUCUGCAAUAUUACGUAAUAUGUAUUUAUUUUCCUAAAUUACUUCAUACUCCCAGCUGACUAAAUAUGUAGGCUUUGCAGUUUCCCAAAUGCAACUAUGACCAAUCUACUUGCUGCAUCUAUGACUGGGCCUGAAUCAAUUGACUGCGAUCAAUGGCAUUGCCCAAUCAGAGAAUGCUUCAAUGUGACACCUGUACAUUCGAGAAAGGCUGCUUGCAAAAUCCAAAUCCAAUGAAAGGCUGUACCAGUGUGGGAUUGGGAGGGGCGGAGACAAGUCUCCAAAUUUCUGCUGGUGAGUUGGGGGAACCACGUUUUACCAGCAAAGAUUUCCAAUAAACAACCAGGUCUCUGAAGAGUCUAUGGCUUGUGAAUUCGUUCAAAAUCAAGCUGCUGUUCUUGCCUCUGGUGAUUCUAAAAGUCCAAGUGUUUGGGAAGAGUCAGCCUGUGUUUCCACUCCCUGUGUUGUAUGGCCAGUGACCACUGCAUGAGCAGCUGCUGUAAAAUUCUGGAGGACAGGCCCAAAGCAUCACAUUGUGUGUGGUCACUGAUCUCUAUUGGUUCACUCUGCCUGAACAAGUCUUUUUCCCACCGACGCAGUGAGAUGAAAUGAAUGAGGAACAAAAGGGAUUUCAUAGGGACACAACUCAAAAACAAUAUCCAGGACUUACUGGGAAAGGAAGGGAGCAAUUCAUGUAUAUCUGGUAAUGUUCAGCUGCACCUGUCUAUUGUAUUGCUUGUGUUGUCUCAUUUCAUGUAUGUGCAAUUCAUUUCAGAUUGUGGUUCGUAAUGCUGGAUUCAGCAUGCCCAGGGUUAAAAUGCAGGUUAUAAUCGGGCUCCCUGCUCCCUGUCUGCAGAGCUGAAUUGGGUUCUGUUGUGACCAGUUCACUGUACUCACUCAUAGUAUAAAGACUAAGGGAAGCUACUGGAGGGCAAUAUUAGCUGGUCUUGAAACUACAGCCCAGCAAGAGUUAACAGCCUUGGGUUAGGAGUAGACAAGAGCGAACAGUGGAAAUGGAUUUUAAAAACUCAUCGGAGCCAGAUACUGAGUGAGACAGACAUCUUUUAAAGAAAAAUAACUUGCAUUUAGAUAGCACCUCUCUCAGCCUUAGGAUGGCCAAAAAUGUUUCAUAGUUAAUGAAGUUUUUUUUUAUGUGGGCUUGUUGUUAUAAUGUAGGAAACACAAUUCUCUGAUCUUUCCAUUGUUUAGCAUCAAAUAUCCCUUGUCCCUGCAUUGUUGUGUGUUGACUUGUAUAACACUGUUACUAUAGCUGUCCAGUGUAAGCACUGCAGUACAUGAAUCAUUGAAGACUCGCUGCAGCAGGCAGGGAAGCUGAAUGUUGUGUGUCUCUCGCAACUUAACCCAAUGUACUGAUCAGCUCAGGCAGAAUCCUCCUGAAUGAGAAUUGCAUUAACUAAAAUUUCCAAUGAAUAUGUUAAAUCUAGAUUAUAGUGAACCUUAUAAAAUAAAAAUGUAUGUAAGUAAAACCUAAUUAGUCACAACUUCAAAUGGAUGCUGCAUAUAGGUUUAUACCUGGCUAUACUGCAUGUAGCUGCUGGUAGAUGCAAGUAUUUACUUUAAAAGAUAUAGUGAUUUAUGUCUUCAUGGUGUCUGUAAUUAUAGAUAGUCUAUGUCAGAGCAACAACAGGUCUGAGGAAUUUAGGCAACCACACAUGGAGAAUGUUGCUUAUGUCUCAUCAUCUGUAGCUAGUUUUCUGUGAUCCUUUUCUAUUUCCUUGGCUAUUUUUCAUCAUGGCUCUGGUUUGAGGAAGGGAAUGCACUGAUCAUUAGAGAAACAGGUGAUGGCAGGAAAAUAUCCAUUGACGCCUGGGACUUUUGUCUGGUGAUCGGAGAUGUGGAGUGGGGUGGUGAUGAGAAGGGCAGUUAUUGUGUGGAAGGUCCCUGACACUUGGCAUGUGUGGCAGAACCAUCUUUAUCCAGAUUUACCAGAAUAAUCCUUGUACACAAAUGGUUAAACUCCGAGGAAUAAUUAUCCAUUUGGGGUCUGUUCGCUGGAACUCAGAAGAUUAUGGGGUCAUUGGACCAAAGAUUUCCAAGCUGUUGUGGAGAACUGUUUCGAUCGAUAGACGGGAACUAUAUCAGACUGGGCAGGCUAGACUGGAGGGCACCAUUUAAAACAUCAUACCAGGGCUUUUUGGAGUGAAAGCAGGAAGCAUUUAUACUCAAAGGUAACAGAAAUCUGGAAAUUUGAAAGACAAUCAAUGCUGAAAUGAUUGUUCAUUUUAAAUCUGAGUUCAGUAGAUUUUUAUAUCGCCAAAGAUAGUAAGAGAUAUGGACAAAGGAAGGUAGGCACAUUUAAUUUGUAGAUCAGUCAAGAUAUUAUUGAAUGGAAUAACAGGUUUGAGGGCAGAAUGGUCUACCUCUAUCUCUACAAUCCCACUCAAAUUAACCUACAUGACAUAGAAUCUUCUAGGAGAAAGUGAGGACUGCAGAUGCUGGAGAUCAGAGCUGAAAAUGUGUUGCUGGAAAAGCGCAGCAGG